GGCAACUGAAAGAAGAAGAAGCAAACUGUAAAGUGUAAAGCUAAAUAAAAACGGAUCUUUUUGCGCAUAUAUUUACUCCAUAACUUGAAAGCUCACUCUUCAUAUCGCUCUGCAGAAUUUCAAUCAUUCAAUAAUCAUCAAGAUUCAAGAAACCAGCUGAAAAUUAAUCGGAUUGAAGAUGCUCUGCUUUCAUCAAGAGAAAGAAGAUGGUGAAUCAGAUAUCCUCAAGGGACAGAAUCAUCAAGAGGGAAUAUCAGCAGGCAGCAGAUUUGAGACCGGCGCUAUCCAUCACCUCUCCCUGCUCCACCUCAACUCCGCCGCCAAACGCCGCUGCGCCUCCACUGCAGCCGAGAACUUCACCUCAUGCGGCGCCUCUGCGAAAAGGUCACCGCCCUCUUUCCUUUCUUCUCUCCCGGAGCCCUCCCCGAAACGGGCAACUCUGUUCCCACCUUCCUUCUCCCCCGCCACCGCCGCCGCCGCCGCCGGCGGCGCUAUCUGCUCCAAACCGCAGUCUCCCCUUCUCUACAGGAGCCUAUCGGAGCCAAUAGAUUCUCUUGCUUUUCAGAAUCCCAAAACGGUAGAUUUCGGUUCCAUCAUCCCUUUCACCCACUUCUUGAAUUCGAAUUCGCCGGAGAAAUCCAAGAACGCCGGCGCCGUUUACAAACAACCUUCACCGGCGAAGAGUUCUGGUUUCUCCCCGCUUCCGCCGCCGUCUCUUCCUCCUCUCUACAGAUCCAUCUCGGAUCCAUCUGUCGCUAUAGAGUUCCAGCCGCCGCCGCAGCAACAAGCUGCCACUCCUCCGAGGGCUGCAAGGGCGGCCCAAAACGUCAAAUCCCCUCCGAACUCCGGUGAUGACAGUCCCAGCACAAAGAGGCUGGAAAAGAUUAAGGAAAGGAUGAGACAAAUGCGGCAAUGGUGGGAUCAAGUUUUGCAAGAAGAAGAAGAAGAGGUCAAUGAAGAAGACCACCCUUCUGAAGAUGACACCUCAAAGAUUGAGAAUGAACCAGAGGACAAAACGGCGUCGUCCCAGCCGGAAGAAUCAGUGUGGGUGGAGGAGAAAGGUGGGGAGGGGUUGGUGAUCCACUUCAAAUGCCCAUGCAAGAAAGGCUAUGAAAUCCUUCUUUCUGGCAACAAUUGCUACUACAAACUCUUGUAGACUGUGUCAUGAUAUUUUUUAACUUUAGCUUUUGCUGUAUACCAAACCAGUUAUUUUAGGUCUGUUUUAGGUUUUGUUGACAAAUCUGUUUUUAGCCCUCUACAAACCAAUUAUUUUGUGUCAUUUUUUGGGUGUACAGUUUAUGAUUUUGCCCUCUAGUAUCAGUAGUGUGUUAAUAUGUGUGGACGUGGGUUUCAUGUGCCUUUGUGAUGCUUUAAAUUGCGUGC